UGGAACAUGAGUUGCUACGGUCGAGUAAUUGAGCACCUGGGAGGGGGCAGUACAGUGUUCCGCUCAAUACAAUAACUGGAUUCUGUUGUCAGUUCAGAUAGUCACCUUCAUCAAACAUGACUGCUCCUCAGCCAGUGAAUGCAUACAUACUAGCUCUUCCUAAUGAACUCCUCGAGGAAGCACUCUCACCGGAAGUACGGGAGGAGCGUCAUUACGACAACACAAAAAUUGGGAUCGUCACCCUCUGCUCCGUUUCCAAACGUUUCCGCGAUAUUUUCCUUCGUCACCUUUACCGCACCAUCCGUUAUCAUGAUAUACGUAACGUGAGACCGUUCCUCGACGUACUUCGCUUCCGGGACGUCCAAUACGUCGUGCACCUCGACCUGGUGCUUCACCCAAUCCUCUGUGUACCCGGUUACGAUCUCCUUAGCAUGCUUGACUUGCUCCUUCUUUCGCUGCCGAAACUUGAGGUUCUCCAGUCUCUCCGCCUCGACAUCCGUCCAACGCCAAGAGACCUAGAGGACAGUUACCCCACCGCCAUAUCGGUCGUUGAACGGGCACCCGCAGAUGUAGUGCAUUUGUCUCCAGAAGUGGUCAAUACUCUUAAUUCGGUGUUCCAAUCCCUUCCUCAACCACUUCGCUCACUUUCUUUGAGUGGGUUCUGUUUGGAAGAUGCCACAGCAGGUCUAGCGGCUACCAAAUUCCCUUCUCUACGCACCCUGUCGCUCGACCUGAACGGGACAGGCGACCCGUACAUCGUCAACAGUCGGCACUUCUUGCGGGGAAUGCCUCGCCUUGAAAGCAUCGAUCUUCCCGUGCAGUGGUGUCCUCGCAGAACGUUGUUCAGACGAGUGUUUGCCGGUCGCAAAUUCAAACACAUCAAGAUCGGAUUUACUGGGCAGAUGCGCAUGUCCGACACGGACACGCAUGAGGAUCAUGCAUGCCCAUGGAACCGGUGUAUCGUCGGGCUGCUCCAACAAUCUUCCUCUAUCCUGACGAGUCUCAACAUUGGGACGAUAUCCCUCAUUAUUCCUCGCAAAGUGGCGUUCCCUGCAUUGACCUCGCUCACUCUUCUCGAUAUCGAAUUUGGCUUUAAUGCUGGUAAGGAGCUCCAAGGACUCCUGGCACCCUUUCUUAGCUCUCCGCUCGAAACACUGGAGAUACUGGAGUGCCACGAUCUUCCGGCUGUGUUAGUGGGACUUAUUGACACGCAUUGGCCAAAGUUGAGGAAGCUUAGCGUGUCGGAGCUCACUACCGUCAAGGACGAAUACGAUCCUCCGGAUCUUUAUCCUUAUUCGCGUUGUUUGGGAGAUGAUGCUGCUUGGGAUGCGGAGACACGGAGAGAGCUUGAAGCGAUAUGCGAACACCGGGGGGUGGGUGCAUGGCUGGAUUGGGGGUACGCAGACUUACCCUGGAGGGAUUAGGACUCCUCAUCAGCAAGUAGGAUAUUAUCUCUACUGACUAAUGUUUGAUACUGUAACAAAGAAGGAAUUAUCAUCUACUACUGUUCAUUCCGUGAUACACAGAUUCGAAAUCGUCUUCACCCAAGGCACGUAGAUCGUCGGUAUCACUCUCCGUGGUAAAAUCACUAGGCUUGGU